CAUUAAGGUUAAAAGACAAUUGCCACGGCCCCACCCACCCGACGACGCACCUCCGUUCCGGCCAACUUGAAAUCAGUCUGGAGAACAGAGUAAACAACAAUACCGACCAGACAUUCUCUGAAGCUUACCAACCAUGGCUGACGCUCAAUUCGACAGUGCGCUCGACCUCCUGCGACGCUUGAACCCCCGGGACACCAAGCAGAACCUUCAGGCGAUUACUUCUAUUGUCCCUGACCUCACCGAAGACCUCCUUUCCUCCGUUGACCAGCCCCUCGAGAUCCGCCGGUGCUCCAAGACCAACCGUGACUACUUGCUCUGCGACUACAACCGGGAUGGUGAUAGUUACCGCUCCCCUUGGAGCAACGAGUUCGAUCCUCCAUUGGAUGAUGGAACCGUUCCUAGCGAGAGGGUGAGAAAGCUCGAAGUGGCGGCUAAUGAGGCUUUCGACGUCUACCGGGAGCUGUACUACGAGGGUGGUGUAGGCAGCGUCUAUUUCUGGGACUUGGACGAUGGUUUCGCCGGAGUCAUACUUUUGAAGAAGGGGGUAACGCCGGGUGCGAAGAGCUCGGGAGAAUGGGACAGCAUCCACGUGUUUGAAGCUACCGAUCGGGCUCGUAUGUCCCACUACAAGCUGACCAGCACUGUUAUCCUCCAUCUAGCCAACGAGACCGAGUCUUUGGGCGAAAUGGACCUAAGCGGUAACAUGACCCGACAAGUGGAGGUGGACUUGCCGGUUGAGUCCGAUGCAAGCCACGUUGCUAAUGUCGGUCGACUCGUUGAGGAUAUGGAGCUGAAGAUGAGGAACCUGUUGCAGGAGGUCUACUUCGGUAAAGCGAAGGAUGUUGUGGGCGAACUCCGGAGCCUGGCUUCCUUAUCGGAAGCAAGCAAAGACCGCGCUACCCAGCGGGAGAUGAUUAUGUCCAUGCACAGGUAGUCACUGGUGACUACCAACUCUAUCUAGCUACUACACUAGUCACGGUAGUAGUAUGUUGUGUAUCUUCGAUUUUGCGCCUUCCAACAUUGCACUUCUAGCCUAUUGUAUGUAGAUUCGAGCUAAGGUUCCUGGAGAUCUAAGACUCACAUUGUUUCGACAAUGCUAGCAUAUCGAGAGUAGCAAACUCGUAGCAGAAGUACAAAUUGCGGGAUCAAAAUUAUACAGCAGAACAUACUUUGUAUCCCUGUGCAAGAUCUUUAAUAUUAAAAUCGACAGAAUCUUUGAUUCAGUAGGUUUGGGUAUCAUAAAUGCCGAGGCUCGUUGAGUCUUCGGCAAGACAGUAAAAAGAGUAAAAAGAGAGGCAAAGGUGAGACUAGGAAUACCCCCUGGGAUGGACCGUUGUGCAAAGGUGACAAAUAUCGAUCACCUUAUUGUAACAACUAUAUCCAAUGUUUGGGAGUUAUCGGUUGGUUCCUUUCGAAGUGGGGUGCGUGCGAAAUGAAUGAUCAAUCGACUUCCAUCCCCUCACGAUUAUUCUCAGCCUGCACCCCAGGAUUGCUAAUCUUUUCGACAAAUCCUCUUGCAGCCGCCCAAAGCUCUGCCUCUUUAUCCUUGCCUACAGUAUCCUUUCGGCUGUUCAGCCAACUGACAUCCAACGGGUUUGCCGCUGCCGCAGUUCCCCCGCUCGCGCCAGGUAGAUCGCCUGUCCU